AUGGCAAAUAAUACAACACAAAUACCAAAAAUAGAACCAAGAAUUAAGAUAGAAUCAAUUUAUCUACUAUUUGAUUCUAAAACAUGGAGCAGAAAAAUAAUUCAAUUAAAUGUCAUCUUUCUACUAGGUAUUUUAAUAUAUAUUUUUUGUUUUUUUUAUGUAAUAAUAGUUAAAAAGAGUAAUAAUUAUAUUUAUAAAUAUAAACCAGAGCUUGUAUAUGAAAUAAGAACUGAACCAACUGAUGAAGACACAUAUAAUUGUAUCUUUUUACCUGAAGAACGAUUAGCUCAUUAUAGUAGUGCAAAUAGAAGAUUAAUUACUAAAUCAAAGCCUAAAAAAAACAAAGAAUAUGAAUUUACAACAAAAAGUAAAUUGAAGAAAAAAGAAGAUGAAAAUUUAAAAACAGGAAUUGAAUUUUAA